AUGCCUUUCGGCAUUGUCUGCCCCUUCCUCGUGAGCAAGUGGAUAACUGGCUCUGCUCCGCUGCGGCUGUUCAUGCGGGGCUAUUUGCUGCGGCUGUGCGUUUGCUGCAUAUGGGCAGCAACUGUGGCAGCAACUCCUUUUCUGCACAACGGAGACCAUUCUAUUCUUUUCUACGUUUGUCUUUUCGUCAUAACAACUCUUUAUAACGUUUGCUCGGACCUCAUGUUUGUCUCCAUGAUGGCCUUUUUCGCAAGAGUGUCCGACCCUCGCAUUGGAGGCUCCUACAUGACUUUCCUGAACACCAUGGCAAACAUCGGAUCCCAAUGGCCUCGGGCCGUUAGUUUGUGGCUGAUGGAUCCUCUUACCAGGAGAGACUGUACUGGAGUUAACGUGUCUGCCGGCGAGAAAUGCCCAGUAGUGCUGGACGGCUACUUCGUGCAAGUUGGCGCAGGUGUUGUUUUAGGCCUCUGUUGGGUGGCGAUCUUUUGGCCGCGAGUGAAGCGGCUGCAGCAGGAGCCCCUCAGCAGCUGGCGGGUGUCGCUGACGGGAGCAGCAGCAGCAGCAGCAGCCAAAACAGCAGCAGCAGCAGCAGCAACAGCAAAGCCAGCGGAAGAGAUAGAACUCAAGUCCGCAGCAGCAGCGGGAAAGGUGGUCGACGUGGCCACGGCGAGCAGCAUCAGCAGCAGCAGGAGCAGCAGCAGCAGCAGCAGUGGCUUCUCAGCAGCAGAUAACAAGAAGCAAGAGUGA